CUGGAUUGCAUUGGAUUCCUGCAUCGGUCGCCGCCGCAGCCGCCGCGAUGAUGCAGUCGCACAUGCCGUCCCCGGCGCGGCUGGGGAUGACAGCCUCGUCGCCGUCGCUCCCGCCUAAUCCGGCUCCGGUAAACCCCACUUCCUCCCCGCCGCAGGCCAGCUCGUCCUCGAGCGCGGCCGCGCCCGGAGCCGGAGUCCCAACCGCAACCCUAACUACCUCGCCGUCGCUGCUGCCGCUCCUGCCGCCGCUCCCACGCGCGCAGUCGCUGCUCCACAUCAUGUCCUCCCUCGCCGCCAACCUGUUCGAGCUCUCGCCCAACCGCACCGCCUGGAUCUCCUCGUACCGUGGCUCGCUCCCCACCUUCCUCCCGUCUUCAUCGACCUCCGGGAUGCCUCCGCCUCUCCCGACCCCGGUCUCGAACACCAAAGAAGCGAUGUCGCUGCUCACCUCCGUCCAGACGCAACUCUUCGAGACCGUCACCGAGCUGCAGGAGACCCUCGACCUGCAGGACGCCCGCGCUCGCCUCGUCCGAGAGGCGCGCGCCAAGGACGCUGCGCUCCUCGCCUUCGCGAAGAAGCUGCGCGAAGCCCACCACGUGCUCGACCGCCUGGUCGACGACUAUGCUGACUACCGCCGCGAUCCCAAGCGCCCGCGUGGCGCCCCGGUGGUCGACGAGCCCGAGCCGGUGUCACAUGGCGACUUUGGCGCGUCCCUCCACUCAAAGCUCAAGCUGGAUGACAUCCUAACUUAUGCUCAUCGCAUAAGCUACACGACCUUUGCGCCACCAGAGCAUGGUGCCGGGAUGCCUCUGCGUGGUGCGCUGCCGCCUGCGCCACAGGAUAACGAGUUGCGGAUGUCACAGCUGUAUCAGUUUGCUGAUUUGGAUGUUGGAGUGCCCAAGAAGCCCCUGGAGACGAAGGAUGGGGCCGCGGUUGAGACUGAGGCCACCCCAUUGUUUGAGCCACCGCAGGAAGAGCCUCCACGGCCAUCUAUGCUACCAAUCACUGUGCCACCAGGAUGGCCGAAAGGGUUGCCUAAAGAUCUGCCUGUUGAUAUUCCAUUGCCACCACCUGGAUGGAAGCCUGGUGACCCAAUCGAGCUUGGUGGGAUUAUGGCUAGUGUCAAGGCUGAGGAACCGAGACCCAGUAUGCCAAUGCCUGUUGGGGUGCAACCAAUCGUGCCAAGGGCGCAAGAGCCAAUACAGGUUGCAGCUGUGGAGCUUGACAUUAACAUUAGUUCUAGCAGUGAUGAGUACAGUAGUGACGUUGGGAGCUCAGAAGAAGAUGACGAGGACUAAUGCUUUGGUAAGCUCGACCGUUUCAGCAUUCUUGUGUUUCCAUGUCCAGUGUAGCUCAUACAUGGCAAGAAUGCAUAGGUAAACAUUUGCUGUUAUCAUCUUCUAUACCUGCAUGUUCAAGUCCGUGCAACGCUAAAUCUAUUCCAUAGCAUUGGAUGUGAUAUGUAUUAAUCAUGUGUACUAUAUAUCUGGAGUAGUUCAGUUGCUCAUAAAUGCAACCAGCUGUAACCGAGCUCAGUAUCGUUGAUUUUUGUUGUUCAAGAUGUGUCUAAGCUGGGUUAUGCAGAAACCUUCCCUCUUUUAUGGAUGGUGAAUACAAUGAAUUUAUUGUUUGAUAUUCUCUUUGAAGGUUUCAGUUGUAA